UUUUAUUGAUUUUAUAGGACAAAGAAACUGAAAUCUGGAGGCUACAAAACCACAAAAGAAUUUGAAGCAGAUUUCCGUUUAAUCGUCACCAACUGUAUCUUAUUCAAUGGUCCAGAUCAUGUGAUAUCAGGUUUUGCCAAAGAUUUAGAAACAGUGUUCAACAAAGAAAUACAGCCGAUCAAAUUGAAAGAAGAGCAACUUAUGGCAGGUAUCAAACCAACUUCUGGAUCCAAAUCUGGUAGCAAGAAAUCAAGUUCAUCUACAUCCUCGAUCAAACCUGAUGUGAAGAAAUACAAACCUGUGUUGGACAAAUUGAAGACGAAAGAAUACUAUCCUGCAUUUGCUAUACCUGUUGAUCCUGUAGCGCUUCAGAUUCCUACUUAUUAUGAUUAUGUGAAGCAUCCUAUGGAUUUUGGCACCAUCCUGAAAAAAUUGGACAAAUAUCCUAAUGCGGAUGCCUUACUACAAGAUAUCAAACAAGUUUUUGUGAAUUGUUAUCUCUUCAAUCUUUCGGAUGAUAUUGUGGCACAAUGGGGAAGGUUACUUCAGCAAGAUUUCGUUAAUUUGUGCAAGGAAAAAGGAUUGACAACGAUACAAAUCGACAUGGACAAGGAACGUGAAAUUGCGGAAGCGGAAGGUGCUGUUUUACAAGAUUUGUCAUAUUAUGAAGGUACAAAUACUGUAAUGACGAAUCCAAUGAUGAACACUCCUACACUAGUCAUGAACGAGAACAAACGUGGACAUGAAGAAGCCCCUCUCGAUAAUUAUCAGAACGGUGAAUUGAAAAAACCAAAACUCGAGUCAUCAUCUGACAUGUUUAUGUAGUAGUUAUCAUCCCCAAUUACUAUUCUUUAUCAUAUUUUUUUUUCUUCUUCUUUUUGUAUAUAAAUUAAAAUUAAUCCUUUG